AUGUCGUCGAAACGAAUCCCACUUAGCUGCGAGAACUGCCGCCAGCGCAAAAUCAGAUGCAUCACUUCCACCUACCAAGCUCCCUGUGACACCUGUCUUCGCCGCGGCUAUGCCUCCAGCUGUCGAUUCCGCCGCCAGGACAGCUAUGGUGCUCAAUCGUCAGCCCCAGAAAGACCGGCAAUGGGAAAUGUCUCUGCUCUCGAGGGUCUCCUGAGACAGAACAUUGCAGUUACCACCGCACUGCUCGGCCAGCGCAAUGAGACCCGUCUGCCCUCUCCAGACUCGAGUCCGGCCUCGUCGCUUCAUUAUCCGGUUGAGCACGCGGUGACUCCUGAGCCCGUCCGUCAAUCAGGUCAUCUGGUUGCGACACCCUCAAACCAUGUACGGUUUGUGCCGUCUAACGAUCUCGGCGACUCGAGUCUGAUUGAUGCAAUGCACGAGUCAACCCCCGACUGUCCGACCGGCUUCCCCUUCUUCGAACAACCAGGUCCCAGUGCUGUUUCUGAUGAACUGCUGGACCUGCUUCCUCCCCUCCCGCAGCUGGAAGAGCUCAAAUCGGCGUACUUUAUCGUCUUCUCGCCUCUAUUCCACGUGCUGCACGAUCCAACCUUUCACGCUAGAUACGAAGACUUCAGGCAGAAUCCAAAAUCCGUCUCCUUAUCAUUUCUCGCUCUCCUCUUCGUCAUCCUCAGUCUCUCGGUCACUGCAUUGGACGACGACAAUCCACUGCUUAUGCACCUCGGCCGCGAUCCAUCGCCUGGGGCAAAUAUUCGCAGUCUCUCAGCGAAAUACCGAGCAGCCGCAAUGCGCUGCUUGGUCGCGGACAACUUCAUGUUCCGGCAUAAUCUCUGUACCGUCCAAUCUCUGGUUCUGCUCAUCUAUGCAAUCAACCAUGCACAAGGGCCUGCUUGGUCUCUCCUCGGGACAACUCUUCAUAUCGCCGUCGCCAUUGGGUGUGCUGUUGAGCCUUCGCGUCUCAACGUGGGCAGGAUCGAAGCAGAGGAGCGUCGACGUUGCUGGGCUGCUCUGCAAAUGCUGUACACCAUCCAGAACACCUGUCUCGGCAACUUGAUGCCAUUCCGAAUUGACUCCCACGUCGACCUUCCGGCUGACAUCGAAGACGAGGAGCUGUCCUUCGAACAGUUACCCAACGAUGACCCAUCAGCGCCCCCAACGAAAAUGACUUACCUUCUGUAUAAGUUCCGCCUCUACAACCUCGCUUUCGACAUCUGCCAGCUCUCAUCCCCGGCUGACCCCGCAAAAAUGUCCGCUCUCGAUGCAAGACUCGCCCAAGAACAGCAAUCUCAUUUCGUGCGGUUCGCUGCCCGACCAUUCGACGAGUUAGAAUCUUACCAUCAAGCUCACUACUACAUCCUCGCCAACUAUAUUAACCACCUCACUCUCCUCCUCCACCGGCCAUCCCUUCCUGCUGCCAGCGUCAGUGGACCUCGCGCGCAGAGUCCAGAACAAUGCGAGCAUGCUGCGACAACCAUCCUCUCCAACUUUGAAAAACUUUCUUCGGACCAGCUCUUCCGCUCCUACCGUUGGUACGUAGACGGUCUCGGCUCGUUCUACGCUUUCUUCUCAAUCACAACGCUACUUGUUCUCCACGGAAACGGGCAGUUGAAUGCACAAUCGAAGUCGUUGAUAAUGAACCUUGUACUCCGCUGUGUGGGGCUUCUCGUUGGCAAUGCGUCUAGAAGCGCUGUUUGCUCUAAAGCUGCAGCGAUUCUUGAACCAGUGAUCCGGCAUUUGGACCCGGUUGCCCUAGGCUCUAGCCACACCCAGAACCAGAUUCAGACUCGGGAUAUGAGUCCGGUGAGCGAGGCGGCGGUCUUAAGUGCCUUUCCGGAACUGGGUGGGCUCUUUUUCGAUGUUCCAUGCGAGCAGUGGUUGACGCCGGCGGGUUUUCCUUGGAUUGCGUCCUGA